GAGCAUGGCCGCGGCAGCGGCGGGAGGAGCCCCGGGCCCGGCCCCCGGCCCCGCCAGGCCCGCGCCCGCCGCCCGUAACCCGCCGUCUGCGCCGCGGAGGCGCGGGGAUUCGCGGCGCCGCCAGGCCGCGCUUUUCUUUCUCAACAACAUCUCCCUGGACGGGCGGCCCCCGAGCCUGUGUUCCGAAGGCGAGAAGCCCCCGCCGCCGCCGCCACCGCCCGCCGAGGCCCGUGAGCCGCCGGCGCCGCCGUCCGCGCCUCCCGCCGGCCUCCCGGGGCUACCGGCCAGGCCCGCGCCCCAGGGCCUGCUCAGCCCCACGACGGCGCCCGCCGGCCUCGGCCUGGACGGACAGCGCCAGAGGAGGCGAGUCACGUCCCAGCGCUGUUCCCUCGAAUUUCUAGAAGAUGCUGUCGGAUGUGCACCAGUACAAAGAACCAAACAUGCAUCUGGAUCACCAAGACACAAAGGCCUGAAGAAGACCCACUUCAUCAAGAACAUGAGGCAGUAUGACACGAGGAACAGCAGGAUCGUGCUCAUCUGUGCCAAGCGGUCCCUGUGUGCUGCCUUCUCAGUCCUACCCUAUGGAGAAGGCCUGCGGAUCAGUGACCUGAGGGUGGACAGCCAGAAGCAGAGGCAUCCGUCUGGUGGUGUUUCCGUUUCUUCUGAGAUGGUCUUUGAGUUGGAAGGCGUUGAGCUGGGAGCAGAUGGAAAGGUCGUGUCUUACGCGAAGUUCCUGUAUCCUACCAACGCCCUGGUCACACACAAGAGUGACAGCCACAACCUGCUGCCCCAGCCUCGGCCCAGCAUCCCCCGGGCUCUUCCAGGAUCUAGACAUAAACCUGCCCCUGCCAAGUCAGCACCAGCCAGUACAGAACUAGGGAAUGACGGAGGAGACACCCUGGAAUACAACCCAAACCUUCUGGAUGACCCACAGUGGCCCUGUGGGAAGCACAAGAGGGUGCUCAUCUUUGCCUCACAUAUGACCACAGUAAUCGAGUAUGUGAAGCCCUCAGACCUCAAGAAGGACAUGAACGAGACCUUUAAGGAGAAGUUCCCUCACAUCAAACUGACGUUGAGCAAAAUCAGGAGUUUGAAGCGGGAGAUGCGUAACCUGUCUGAGGAGUGCAGCCUGGAGCCUGUGACCGUGGCCAUGGCCUAUGUGUACUUUGAGAAGCUCGUGCUGCAGGGCAAGCUCAACAAGCAGAACCGCAAGCUGUGCGCGGGCGCCUGUGUGCUGCUGGCUGCCAAGAUCAGCAGCGACCUUCGCAAGAGCGAGGUGAAGCAGCUAAUCGAUGUGAGUGCAAGGCCUGCCACACAGCUGAGCGCCCAGGGAGCAGGCACUGGAGGGGCUGUUCACGCCCACAGCCCUGCCUCAGGCAGGGACGUGGGCGGAUGCUACCAUGUUGACCCUUCCUAUCCUUCACUGCAGAAGCUGGAAGAGAGAUUCCGGUUCAACAGGCGAGACCUCAUUGGCUUCGAGUUCACAGUACUCGUGGCUUUGGAACUGGCCCUGUAUCUUCCCGAGAACCAAGUGUUACCUCACUACAGACGCCUCACCCAGCAGUUCUAGCCCAGGUGGCUCUGCAGGGAGAUGCAGCCCUCGGCAGGGGCACUGAGGCCACCAGUGUGCGUGUGUUCACCAGCCCCAUACACCGGCCCCUUCCUGCACCUGCCCUUCACAGCCUGCACAGUUCUCUGUACUCAGCUUCCUUGGAAAGGAACGUCGCUUUCAUUCCAAAGUUCACCACACCUCCAAGGGCACUUCUGAGAAUUUUCCUGGAGCUUUACAUGGACAUACGUAGGAUUGGGUUGGUUUUCCAUGUGCCUAAGAUCAGGCUGGCAUCAGGACCUUUGGUUUACAUCACAUGGUGGUGAAUCCUGGGUUCCAGCCUGGCUCUCUCCCUUUGCCUUGCCUUUGCAAACCGUCACAGCCGUGGGAAUAGCACUGUGGAGGGCUGGAUGCCCAGGAUGUUAUGAACAUGCUGACAUUAGCAAAUUUGCAUCCAUCUUGGAUAUUUCAUUUUUCCAGGUGUGGUGUCUCGGCAUCCCUGGCUCCACUUCCACCCAAGCAGGGCUCCUUCAGAGUUCCCCACAUCGGCAAGGGCAGCUUUUGGUGUCAGGUUACUAACAGCCACCAAGAGCAGGCACCUAGCCUGUUUCAAUCUUUUGACUCUCAGACCUGUCUGAGCUUGUGUCACUGUGAAAUCCCCAUGCUGUGUUGCAUUUCACACAAAGCUGUGCAGACAGCCGUCGUGCCAGGACCCAACCUCUGCCACUUGCCUGGAAAACUCACUUACCUGACACUGGACCUUCAGGAAACUGACUCUUGGCUCUUGAUUUCCUAAGCAAUAUUGUGACAAAGAUGAUUAUUUAUUAUAAAUUAGAAUUUGGUUCUUUGGAUCUCUAAGGGAACAAAAACUGGUUCAGAGAGGUCUGCUGAAGGUGUGACUUGAAACUGUAUGACCCAACAGCAGGAAGGCUUGCCAGUGGACAGUGAGCAUGGGGAUGGCUUCCCCAGGCAGGAAGUACAUGUCUGGACUCACUUGGCCAUGCAUCUACACCUUGUCCCUCCGGGCAGGUGUGUGCCAUGGGGAGCAGGGCUUUCCCAGGUUCGUCCCAUGUUCUUGUAAUGGAUCGUGUGGUCAUUCUCUAGCUUCCUUCCCCAUCACUGAGGAAUGAACUUCCUUCUCCUGUGGGUGAGCUGGUCUCAAAAAUGGCCAUUGUGGCUGAGUCAAGUUAUCUUCCUAUCCUACAAACCUGUCACAGGAGGGGCUGAGCACGUUCUGUCCUUGCACCUUGUGUUCCUACAAAAGGGACGUGCCAGUCCUGCUGCUCACCAUGUACUUGGCUCCACCCACCACCCAAGCAGAUGUGCAAAGCUUACUCCCUGCAGGACUGCACCACCCUAACCACCAAGUUACACAGAAGACUGCAGGACGGGCAAACUGAUCCUUGUUCUCACUUAACUAUUGUGACCCCCUUCGCACAGGCCAGACAGUCCCUGAGUGUGCCCAAGACUGCACCCUGCAGUGCUGGGCCCAAGUCCAAGGUUCCUUUAAAAAGCAGCCUGUCCUACCACCAAAAACAGCACCUGAGGGCCACUGCUAUCAUGAGCACUAUAAGGGCCGACUCCCAAAAACACUGCAGUAGUUUACAACCUACUCUCAGGGGCCAUGUCCCCCUCCUGUAGACAUCAGUAUCAAGAAAAUGGCUGGUGAACAGGAACAACUUACGUUUCUGUAUUUAUAACACGACAUUUAGUCACUUACCAAGCUGGUCUGUUUGAAGCCCUUUUUUCUACAUCCUUUCCAAUGCCAAGAGCUGCCAGUGUGGCACCUGGUUAAGCCACUUCUUAAACCAAAUGACAGCCUGAACCCACAGUCCUCUAGACCAAGUCCAGAAGUCUGAGCGGGGUCCAGCUGGGUGGUGACCAAGUGAAACCAGACCUGAUGGCACUUCCUCAGCAUCUAGCAAUCUCUAAGCAAGUACCUGACCUCAGAAUGUUUAUUUGUCAUGGAUUGUUUUCAAGUGGAUAACGUAUUUGUUGAAGUAAA